CGCUACCACGAGAAGAAGAGGGAAAGAGAAGCCUCGGGUUCUGAAAUGGAAUCCAGCGAUGACACACAAUCCCACAAGGACCCAAUCAGAGACAUGGUCCCAAAAAAAUGGAAGCCCUCGAAGGGCAGAGACAAGAGGCCCAGGAAACCUCAAGCUGACACAUCGGAAAAAGGCAGUGAGCAGCGAUCCAUCAAACGGGAGAUUGCCAUUGUCGCUGCUCAGACAAAGUGUCUGUUCGAUCAGAACGAGGAGUACCGCCAGACACACAGCAAAGAGUACUGCACAAUCCGAAACGUCGCGGAGAACAGGGCCCCGCAUGUCACUGAGAAAGCAGCAUCGGACCGCAAAACAAUCAAAGUCGUCAGACCGCUGGUCUCCGUCCGGUACAGAAGGAAGUUCGGCGAGUGGCAGGUAGCUACCGAUGUCUCGUUCACGAUCCCGACGCUGGGAGACCAGCGGUCUCUAGCCAGAACAAUCAAGGAAGGGAUCUCAGAGGAAUUCCUUGCGGGCGUGUAUGAAGUCCCAGCGGGUCAGGCAGGAAAGAGGUGUCCGACAGAGGUCAUGGCGGUCUCCUUGGCCUCCAUUAUCAGAUCCCACAUUCUCACCACAGAGCACUCCUUGCAAGACGAAGCCAGAGCGCUCCACGUGGAACCCGACGACGACGAGGGAAGUAUGACCGACGACGAAGACUAUGGAGUUGCUGACGGGACUUCCCCGGAAGGAACAAAGACUGGAGCCACGGCGCUGCCCGAAGGCAGCGUUGGGGCUUACAGCCUAAGUUCCAUGCCAGGGAAAAAGGUCAGCGAGGGCAGUGCUAGCAGCAAGGACUCUGGACUGGACAGCCCCAAAACCUCUGCUGAUGCGGACUGAAUAGAUCGUACUUCCAACUAGCAACCUCACCCAACAAACGCCCACCCCAACC